CUGUAAAUGCAGAACAUUGUUCGUAAAAUGUAAAUCAAGGCUAGGGCGGAUAAGUGAAAUUUGCUUAACCGCUGUGAAGUCGUCAUGUCUUCUUUCUUUUUUCUUUUCUUUUUUUUUUUCUUUUUUGUGGCGGGGGUAGUCUAAACUGUCACAAUUAUGUCAGCGACGGGGGCAUGUACUUUCCAAAUCUAAAAACGUAAAGCCAGCCUACAGACGAAAACAACUGAGAACAGAAAAACUAGAAACAGGUUCACUUGGUAUAUGAACGAGUUUAAUCCACGGGGCUUCCCAAAUCCAAGGGUAACUGAAAAGACACCAGCAUGACUCAGUGGAAACAGGUCCAGCACUUAGAAAUUAAGUUUUUGGAGCAGGUGGACCAUUUUUAUGAUGAUAACUUCCCCAUGGAAAUUCGACAGUUUCUAGCAGACUGGAUUGAAAAUCAGGACUGGGAUACUGCUUCAAACAGUGAGUCAAUGGCCACAGUCCUCUUUCACAAUCUACUGUCACAGCUGGAAGAGCAGUGUUCCCAGGAGAAGAUGUUUCUGCAGAGACACAACAUGAAAAGAAUCAAACAGCAGAUUGAGGUGAAAUAUAGAGCAAAUCCUUUGCACAUGGCAGGAGUUAUACUGAAUUGCCUUAGAGAGGAGAGGAGGAUAAUCGCUACUUCAUGUAUGUUGGAACAGGGACCACUGGAGACAUCUAUGCAGAACUCGGUUGUUUUCGAAAGACAAAGAAAUUUGGAAAACAGGGUAGCUGUGAUACGGAGCAGUGUGCUGAUAAUCGAACAAGGUGUGAAAUAUUUGGAAGACAUGCAGGACGAGUUUGAUUUCAGAUUCAAAACACUACAAUCCAGAGACCCAGCUGAAAGGAACAAUGACCAUGUCAGGCAGGAGGUUGUCAGACUGCAGGAUAUGCUGAACACACUGGACUACAAGAGGAAGGAAACACUUGGUAAGAUGACAGACCUCAUAAAGGAAAUUGAAUCACUAAUGAACACGCCGCUGAAUGAAGAGCUAAUGGACUGGAAGAGACGGCAGCAGAUCACCUGCAUUGGAGGGCCUCUUCUAACAGGGCUCGACCAGCUGCAGAACUGGUUUACAUUGACAGCACAGAGCUUAUUUCAAGUCAGAAGGCAGCUGGAUAAGUUGGAAGAGCUUGUGAUGAAAGUAACAUAUGAUGGAGACCCUAUUCCCUUAGAAAAACCUCAGCUGGAAGAAAGGGUCAAAUUAUUGAUCUACCACCUCAUUAAAAGCUCCUUUGUGGUCGAAAGGCAGCCUUGCAUGCCAACCCAUCUUCAGAGGCCGCUUAUCAUUAAAACUGGAGUGCUGUUUACCACCAAGCUCAGGUUGCUGGUUAAACUACCAGAAGUAAACUAUCAGCUGAAGGUCAAGGCAACAUUUGACAAGGAUCUUCAGGCAGGCAGAGUGAGUCGUCAGUUUUUCAUAUUAGGAACGAACACAAAACUGAUGGACGUAGAAGAAUCCUCCAACGGGUGCUUGUCUGUGGAGUUCCGGCACCUGCAACUCAAGGAACGCAAAUAUGUGAAUGGAUCAAAGGGAAAUGAGGGCCCUCUGUUCGUCACAGAAGAGCUUCAUUCCAUAAGUUUUGAGGCACAGUUCUGUGUACAGGGAUUAACAAUAGAUUUAGAGACAAGCUCCUUGCCUGUUGUUGUUAUUUCCAAUGUGAGUCAGCUUCCUGGUGGCUGGGCUUCUGUUAUAUGGUACAACCUACUGACAGAUGAACUUAAGAACCUGUCUUUCUUCACCAGCCCUCCCCCUGCCACCUGGAGCCAGCUGUCUGAAGUACUGAGCUGGCAGUUUUCGUCGUUUGUUGGACGAGGUCUCAAUAACGAACAACUCGGCAUGCUGGGAGAGAAACUCCUGGGUCAACACAUUUCCCGCAAUGAGUGCCAGGUUUACUGGUCAAAGUUCUGUAAGGAGAACAUACCUGGGAAGCCUUUCAGUUUCUGGCACUGGUUAGAUUCAAUACUGGAACUAAUAAAGAAGUACCUCCUGCCUCUUUGGAUAGAUGGAUAUAUCAUGGGGUUUGUGAGCAAGGAGACUGAGCGUGCCUUGCUGAAAGAGAAGGAGCCUGGGACCUUCCUGUUGAGAUUCAGCGAGAGCCACUUAGGAGGAAUCACCUUCACGUGGGUGGAUCAGUCGGAGAGCGGAGAAGUGAAGUUUAAUUCAGUGGAGCCUUACACCAAGAGUCGUCUGACUGCACUGCCUUUCGCUGACAUUAUCAGAGACUACAAAGUGAUAGUUGAUAGAAAUGUUCCGGAGAACCCGCUAAAGUUACUCUACCCAGGCAUCCCGAAAGAUGAUGCUUUUGGAAAACAUUACAAUAGUCAACCAAGUACAGAAUCACAGUAUAUUCCAUCUGUUUUCAUCCCUGUCUCCCAGUUUACAAAUGCUUCUUCAGCCUCAUUCUCCUCACUCGACCUUCUGCCUAUGUCUCCCGGGAUGUUUGAUGAACUCACACAGAAACUUAGUCCUGUGGAAAUCAAGACUGCUAUGAGUUCUCCAUAUUCAGAGUAAUAUGGACUAUCUGAGGAAGUGAAGACAAUCUCUUCAACCAUUUCUUAAACCUUUUCUGGUUGAGCUCUGGAAACUGUCAGAAAUCUAGGAUCUCAGAUCAUGCCUGAAAUUACUUAAUACAUAUUCUUUGGGCUAAUUAAAAUAAUUCAAACAAUGAUAGCUAGUGUGCACUUUCAUUUACUGUCCAUUGCAGAUCUCAUCAUGUUUGCCAUUUUGAAAGAAGCAUGGUGCCAUACAAGACUAUAGAAUGUUCUCAGUUGCUGUAUUUCAUAUGAGGUAAUGGCUCAACAUUAGUUCAUAACAGACAGGCAUAUUAUUGUGUUAUCAAAAGAACUAUAAAAUUGAAACAGGAUAUGGAAGUAUCUGCAAUGUCUUUUUAUAAACGUGAUUAAAUCUCAGUGUUUUUUAAAUGUUGUCAUGUCUUGUACAGAUAUUGUAUAUUUAAGCAUAUUAAUAUUAAAAAUCAGCCUUCAAGUACUUCUCGUAUAUGCAAUGUAUUGUGUUUAUGCAUUCAAAGAUUUUAAGGGAGUUGUUAAAAUGUCACCUAAUACUGUAAAGGUU